UACUUUUAGAGGUUAUUGUUUUGCUAAUAUCUUUACCGGCUGUAAACUAUGUUAAUGGUAUCUAAGUGUCAUUAGAGUUAUCAAACUUAUUCAACGAUAAGGUGUUAGACGAGUUCCUUAAAUGCUUUUAAACUAUAAAGCAGCAGCAAUUGCAACGGUUCCUCUUGCAGUUAUACUUACAACCAUGACGUACAGACAGUCGAGUCAGCAGCGCAAUCAUUCCAGGAUAUCUUGCGACCUCUGUGAGAUGGAAGACAAUCAGAUGGCAACAAUGCGACAGAUGUUCCGGCCUCGUGGUGCUUUGGCUAGAGCUCUGUACAGCAAACAGCUGAUGGAUUGUCGGUUGGAACGUAUGGACCGCUCCAAGUGGUACGAGAUAGAUGCGAAUCAAGUUCCUCCGGAGAUGAGGAGGAUAUUCCUCCAACUGUCGAUGGACCAAGAGACGCUCAAGUUCCUAGACAACUGCAACGACAAAUCUGAUGCUUUGCUGACUCAGAUUUGGCACAGCAUUGUCAAAACUUUGCUUCGCUGGUUCCUCACACAGACUGACAUUAAUGGACUGCUGGGUCGCGGGUCCAUGUUUGUGUUCUCCAAGCCUCAGAUACGUCAGUUGCUUGGUCGCUCACUGGCCGAGGACGGUGACCUGCUGGACCUGGGCGCUGGUGACGACCUCAUCACUAGUCACUAG